AUGCUGACUCAGGUGUUUAUUUUACCCCCUCUUUUAGUCCUGGCGGACAAUGGUACCUGCUGCAUUGACGAGUUUGACAAGAUGUCCGACUCCACACGCUCCGUGCUCCACGAAGUUAUGGAACAGCAGACUUUGAGCAUUGCCAAGGCAGGCAUCCUGUGUCAACUGAAUGCACGCACCUCGAUUCUGGCUGCAGCCAAUCCCGUUGGCUCAAAGUGGGAUCCCUCUAAAACCAUUAUUGACAACAUUCAAUUGCCACACACGUUGCUCUCGCGUUUCGACCUGAUUUUCCUGAUUCUGGACCCACAAGAUGAGGUCUACGAUGCGCGACUGGCGCGCCACCUGGUCGGCCUCUACUACAAGGGUACACAGCCCAGCAGCGGGUCAGCAGCCAGCGAUGGGGCAAUUGCCAGCCGCGCUGCGGGCACCAUGGUGACCGCCAUGGACUUGGAUACGGAAGACCCCGCCUAUGCUGGCGACUCGGCCAGCAUGCUGCGUGAUUACAUUGCCUACGCAAAGGCCAUGUACCACCCAAAGAUUAGCGAGGAGGCAGGAGAAUACCUUGUUCGGGAGUACGUGGCAAUGCGAAAGCUUGGUGCCAGUCGUGGUCAGGUGAGUGUUCUGCCUACUACCCCUCUUAGCGUCGUCUCCGAACCUAUCUCAGCCUACCCGCGUCAGUUGGAGUCUCUUGUACGACUGGCGGAGGCUCACGCGCGCAUGCGUCUCUCCAAGGUGGUCACCGCAGAUGACUGCCGUGAGGCUCGGCGUCUGCAGCGCGAAGCCAUC